UUACCUCUCUAUGUUUAUCGCACAAUCCGUGGUGAAUUGCAUACGUGGCGCUGUGAUAGCAACUAGCAACAUGCCGCUGUGAAGUGGCAAGUGAUCGAGAACGAGAUAAGCAUAUGUCACUUUUACGAUUGUAUAUUAAUAUCCGAUAAAGAAAAUGAGGUGGCUCAUUCUAUACAUGUUCCUGAUCAUCUUCAUCGUCAACGUGCGUUGUUACUUUAUCACUGUAGACGCGCACGCCGAAGAAUGUUUUUUUGAUAAAGUCGAUUUCGGCACCAAGAUGGGUCUCACGUUUGAAAUAGCAGAGGGUGGAUUCUUAGAUAUAGAUGUAAAGAUAGUCGGUCCCGAUGCUAGAAUAAUUUAUCAAGGUGAGCGAGAGAGCAGCGGAAAGUAUACAUUUGCUGCGCACACUGCAGGUGUUUAUACCUACUGCUUUAGUAAUCAAAAAAGCACAAUGACACCAAAAGUAGUGAUGUUCAAUAUGGAUAUUGAUGAAAAUCGGAAGCAGAAUGAUGAAAAUGCUGUUGGGGAAGGUCAGGAAGGAGAUACUAAUCAUGGAAAAUUAGACGACAUGAUUAAAGAUUUGAGCAUCAGCUUAUGGGGUGUAAAGAAUGAACAAGAAUACAUGCAGGUUCGCGACCGCAAUCACAGAGCGAUUAAUGAAAGUACAAACUUCCGAGUUGUAGUGUGGGCGUUUUUCGAAGCCAUGGUAUUGGUAUGUGUGACAGUAGGGCAAAUCUUUUAUUUGAAGCGAUUUUUUGAAGUGCGAAGAAUUGUGUAAUUUAAGAUACCUAAUGAUCACUUCGUGAAUCAAUUGUACAUUUUUCUAUGUAAUUAAAUUAUAUCUCAUUACAAUAAGUCAUCCUUGCAGUAAAUAAGUUGUGUCUAUUCUAUCGAAAUUAAAUCCCUAAACUAUAUCGCUAGUGUAAUAGUAAACAUAUUUCCUAUAUCUAUUUAUAAGAUUUAUAUUAAAGCAUUUACGCGAUGGAAAAAGAUGUUUGAUCAAGGAAAUAAUCCGCGAUUGUAAACAUUUCUGUAUUGACAAAUACUGGAAAAGAAACGAACAUCUAUAAUAAAAAAAAUAUGCAUUCAUC